GCAUGCGCCGCUGCCGGGCCGUGGCGUGGGCCGCGCGUUGCUGGGCAGUCAGCUGGGCGCGGGGCGAUAAGAGGGCGGGCGGCGGCUCGCUCGCGUCCUGCCCGCGCUCCCAGGGGAAGGGUAGCGGCGGCGGGAGGCGGGCGGGAAGAGAGGCGAGAGGCAGCGAAGGCGCCGCAGUGCCAUGGCCGAGACGAUCGCGGAUACGCGGCGGCUCAUCAGCAAGCCGCAGAACCUGAACGACGCCUACGGGCCGCCCAGCAACUUCCUGGAGAUCGACGUGGGCAACCCGCAGACCGUGGGCGUGGGCCGCGGCCGCUUCACCACCUACGAGAUCCGCGUCAAGACAAAUCUUCCUAUCUUCAAGCUGAAAGAAUCUACAGUCAGAAGAAGAUAUAGUGACUUUGAAUGGCUGAGGAAUGAACUAGAAAGAGAAAGCAAGGUUGUGGUACCACCCCUACCGGGAAAAGCUCUUCUCCGUCAGCUCCCCUUUCGAGGAGAUGAUGGUAUAUUUGAUGAUUCUUUUAUAGAGGAGAGGAAGCAGGCUCUUGAGCAGUUCAUAAACAAAGUUGCUGGCCACCCACUGGCACAGAAUGAGCGCUGUCUUCACAUGUUCUUACAAGAUGAAGUAAUAGACAAAAACUACACACCAUCGAAAAUAAGACAUACUUGAGUUCUGAAAAUCUUCUCAAAUGUUAGUGGUUCUUAUGCUUGGUUUUAAGAGGUGAUAGUUUGUCUUAGCGUGCUGAGGAUAAACAGGCACAAAGCCUCCACUAACAUCAGUACACUGCUUGGUCUUUGCAUAUGCUUUAUAGCAUUAAAGAACUCACUUGUCUUUUAGCUGAAUCCUUCUGAGUCUUUGAUUUAAGAGUAUUAAACUGAAACCAUCCACCACUUACAAUGUCUCACAAACCUUUCCACUCUUAUUUGCAAUGACUUAACAAUGUUUACUGACUCGGCCUUACUUGAACUUGCACAGUUGUAGUGUCAUGUGUUCACCUGUAUAUGACUAAACUGCUAUGCUGUUUGAGGUAGUCAUCUGUCUAAACUUCUGUAGAAAGACUGCUUUAUUUCAGAUACUCUGUAUGAGAAACACUUACGCAAUUGUCUUCAUGCUUGUAAAACACUUUAUACUGAAGUAAUGAGGGAAUUAUCUUUAUAUUCUGUAAGAAUAAAAAAAUCAGAUUUAUAUACUAAAAUAACUUGUCUAAAGUUUUGAAAUAAAAGUGAAAAUGCACUUCAAAUGUUUGUUACUCUUGACCUUCAGUAUGACGUAUCUCCUGCUUGCUGAGAUACAGGGACGUGGCUAUGCUGAGUGAGAUGCUAUUUCAACCUUGCUGUGAUGCCCUUCUGCAAUGUAGUCUUGUGCUACUACCAGCCAGCACUAAAUACCCUAAGAUGCUGAUACUCACUGCUCAGAUCUUACUGAACAUACAAAGGAUUUGUGAUCAUUCCUGUGUUGCAGAGCUAAAGCUGGAGCCCCAGUUAUUUUAGGCAAUUAACAGAUAUAUGGCUUCAAUAAGAGCUUUAAAAAAAUACCUUCCUAGUUAGCAGGAGAGGCAUCAAUCUAGAUUCAACCGUGCUAUAGAGAAAGGAAUGUUAACAUAGUAGAUGAUAACAUUACUCUUAAGUCCUGCAGCUGAAGAUCAAGGUAGCUCUGCUCUAGAAAUGGGAGGUUGGGGACAUGGAGUUGCACAAACCAAGUAGAAGAUACUGUCAUGUGGGUUCUGGACUCUUAAAGCUCCAGUGCACAAGCAAGCAUUGCUGAGAUGGUCUUUCUCCCUGGAUGCUCCUUGGGCUGGAGAAGCUUCCUCAGUGCUCUCAGAUGUUACCUGGGUAUUACCUGUCUAGAUUCUCUUGAAAACCAAUUCAAGAACACUAGUGGCUGUUUGAUCCAGGCAUUGUCUGCCCUUCAUAACAGUGCAUGUUCUAAACCUUUUUUAGUGCAUGUUGGCUUAGAUUUGUUCCUGCUGCUUUUUUCUUAGAAUACUCCCUGUUGCUUUAUAGCAGAAGCCUUACUAGCAAAAUUAUGUCCUUUACGUGGUAUCAUUAAUCUCAUGUUAAACUUCCCCAUGCAGUUUGUAUGAAAAUCUGGAUGUAAAAGGCUAAACUGCCGAAACACUGGUGAUUGACUGGAUUGUACGUGGUAUUAGCGAAUGGUGGUCUUCAAGCAUACUAGCCUGUGGCUAAAAUAAAACAAGAAUUUUGUGAGCUCUGCGUGCUCACGACCAAAGAGUAUUCUUAUUCUUGAAUUUUGGAGUACAAAAUGGAUAUGCUGGGCUGGUGAUGCAGUGGUGGGUUGCAAAUAUGCUGUGUCAAUUUUGGUCCCUGGUUUUAUGAAUAAGACUGAGAUUCAACAGAGUUUUUGCUCUGCUAAGUAUUUUUGGUACUGUAAAAUAAUUCUAAAAUCCCAUGUGUUUGAAUUGCAUUUAGAAAUUGAGUUAUUCAUGGAGAUGGAGGAAGAAGCUAUAAAUAUAUCUGAUACUUCUUUGCUUAGGUUUAGAUACAUAGCAAGGGCUUCUAUUUUCUUUUUCCUCAAAUAUUUCCUCAAAUAUUCAUUUCUGUGAGAAUCUACUUUCUGAAAGCAAAGUAAACGUUACAUGUUAUGCUUAAAGGAGGACCUACUAUGGUCAUUCAUAUCCAUGUGACUCUCCUAUGGAGAAAGGAAUUAUACUGAAGGGAGAAAGCUGCUUAUUUGAUGUCAAAGCAGAAUAUUCUUUUCCCAUUUCCAAAUUGUAGUGAGGACUCUGGAGUGUUAACCAUUGGAGCUGAUGGGAUCAGGCUGUUCAGAACACAUCUGAGCUGGACUCUGGGAUUUCACCUGAGUGUCAGUCCUUUAAAGCUAACUAGAGAGCCUAAUUCUGGUGUGCCCCAGCUGUGCAGUCUGCAGUUCUGGGGCGAAAACAUGGUCUGAGAUUCUCUGUGCCUAAACUACGGGGAAUUGUGUGCCCUUGCAACUCCUGGGUCUGCUGUGCAGAUGGGCUAGAUCCUGCACAUAGCAGGACAAGAGGUGGGUGUGCACUCGUUGCCCUGUCUGCUUUGCAGCUGAGAGAAAGCUGGCAUGCUCUGUUGCAUCCUCUAGUCUCACUGAUCUAGAGAGCAGAGUGGAGUUGCCCUGCAGUUUAGAUGCAGUUCAUGUUUGUUGCUGCUCCAAGAGAGCAGCACGAAUCUUGUCGAAACCAGUGUUUUGUCAUGGGUUCUGCAGGGCAGUGGGCUUAACCUUUUUAGCUCAUACGCUGAAUUGUCAAAAGGCUAGGGAGCCACAAUUGAUUUUUCUGUCCUGUCCAUUUUUCUUCAAUACCGAGAACAAAAAAGAGUCAAAAAUUCACCAUGCCCUAUGGCAAGCAUAUUCUUAAGCACUCUAUGCCGGUUUGUUUAGAGGGUGUUUCAAAGUCUUCUAGUCCACACUUUGUCUCACCUUGCUCAUCAGAAGACUGGUCUUGUAUACUUCAUGGUCUGGCUGCCUUGGAAAGCCUGUAACCUGAGACAGCAGCCUGGAGGAUUGGAGGAGAGAUGAGGUGAAAAUUUAGACCCCUGAAACCUCUGCGAGUUUUGUGCUUGGAGUCAAUGGAGCUAGGAUUUCACUCAAGUUCAGUAUUCCUUGACGCUGACAACGAGCCAUUGUUAUACACGGUACGUGUCCGCUUGUCAUUUUAAUGUGCGUACUAUGGUCACAUAUAUAAUGUUUUCCUUCUCCUAUUGUCAGCUUCUUUCUAUGCCUUGAGAGCUGCUUACUCCUUUCUUUGGUUUGAUUAUGUGAUUGGACAACUUAAUAAAACCUCAAUAUCUUUUUGACUGAAAACUGUUUUUGCAUUCAUCACGCUUUGUUAGCUGUACAACUCAUGGAUAUUAACAACUCUCAUAACAUGAAACAGAAGACUUGUACUAGGUUAGGUCUCUGAUCCAUUUAGUGCUGUGUCCUAGGAAAAGCUCUGUGUGUGUUCCUUCAGAAGAAAACGUUAGGAACCUUGCAAUAGAUGCAUAUUUGAACUACAGAAAACAGCUCUGGGACCAUUUGCUCCAAGGCAGGAUCACCUGUAUAUAAACUAUUCCACUAAUGUUUGUCUAACUUGUUCUUUGAAACCUCUGAUGAUGCCAACUCUACAGCAUUUGAGACAAUCCAUUUUUAUAGAGACUUUCUAUUCUCUGAUAAGCAGAGAACAGUAGAAAAAACUAAUCUAGAAACAGAAGAACAAGAAUUAAAAGAACAGUGGAAAGUAAUUUAAAUUCAAUAUAUUUUUAUUCUUUGUAAAUACAAUGAGUACAACUUUUUAACUUCACAAAUCAGUUAAUUCACUUUGUACAGGAAAAGUUUUACUCAUUCUAUGAUAGUCCAAGUGCUGAUUUUUCUCAGUGCUAGUUCCUAAUAACAAAUCAAAAUUUGAAAAGUACAGCAGCUAUCUUUAAAUGUUUUUUUCUACAUUUUUCAUACAUCAAAUAAGCAGCUUAUAACGUUUUUGUGUGUGAGAGGGUGUAGGUGAACAAGGCUUCAAAAUUAGAACCUGGAGUUUGCUAAAAAGGCAUUGGAAACUUUUGGAAAUUGUUAGCGUUGUAUCAGUCAGCCACCUUUGUUUCUUUGAAAUAAAAAUCCUUCCUUUUUUAUAGUCAUUUCA